AUGGAGGCGGCCGUCGGCGCGGCGAGCUCUCUCCUCGGCAAGGUGCUCACGAAGCUGUCCGAGGACCUGGUGGCCGCGUAUGUCGAUAGCCUCGAGCUCGGCCACAACUCCCACCAGAUCCGAACCAAGCUGCUGCACACACAAGGGCUGCUGCAACUGGCCGAGGGGAGGGACGUGAGCAACGUCACCGCCCUACAGGCCUUGUUGGAGGAGCUGAGCAAGAAGGCUGACGAGGCGGAGGACUUGCUGGAUGAGCUCCACUACUUCAAGAUCCAGGACCAGCUCGACGACACCAACUAUGCCGCGCCGGAUCUCGGCGAUGGCCUCUGUGGCCAUGCUCGCCACAGUCGCCAUGCUGUUCGCCACACCAUCGGUAACUGCAUUUCAUGCUUUUGUUGCUCUCGCACGCAAGAUGAUGGUUCUGCUCCUACUGCUGUUGCCAAUAGCCCACACCAGAAUGCAACCAACUCUGCUACUGCUAGUGCUGAUGAGGGUGGUCAUGUCGAUAAGUUAUAUUUCGACAGAGUGGCCAUGUCCAGCAAAAUCAAGUCAGUAAUAAAUGACAUACACUCCCUAUGUGAUCCCAUCUCCGAUUUGCUCAGCAAAAUUCCAAGCAGCAGCACAUCUGUCACCCUAAAACGGCCUCACAUGGGGUCCACAAUAAUACAAGAUACAUUAUACGGGAGGAGAGACAUUUUUGAGAAAAUUAUCAGUGAUAUCACAAGUGGCACAUAUCACGGCCAAACUAUUUCUGUUCUUCCUAUAGUUGGCCCGGGGGGUAUUGGAAAGACAACUUUCACCCAACACCUAUAUAAUGAUAGUAGGACUGAAGAGCACUUCACUAUGGCUAUGGUUUGGGUGUGUGUAUCGACUGAUUUUGAUGUGUUGAAGCUCACCCAACAGAUCCAUAACUGCAUACCAACUAAAGAUGAAUCUGCAAUUGAAACAACCAAUCUAGACCAGCUUCAAAAAUCCAUCGCACAGAGACUUAAGUUGAAAAGGUUUUUAAUUGUCUUGGAUGAUAUAUGGAAAUGCAAUGACGACGAGUGGAAAACCCUGCUAGCUCCCUUCACAAAGGGGGAAGCCAAAGGCAGCAUGAUACUUGUCACAACUCGAUUCCCAAAACUAGCAAGAAUGAUGAAAACAGUUGAUCCAGUAGAGCUGCAAGGCUUGGAGUCUAAUGACUUCUUCACAUUCUUUCAAUCAUGUAUAUUUGAUGAGCAUAAGCCAAGGGAUUAUGAAGAUGAGCUAGAUGGCAUUGCAAGAGAAAUUGCAAGUAAGUUAAAGGGCUCCCCUCUAGCAGCGAAAACAGUUGGUCGACUACUGAAGAAAAAUCUUUCCAGGGAACAUUGGAAUGGAGUUCUUUACAAUCAUGAGUGGCAAAAACAGAAAAAUGAUAAUGAUAUUAUACCAUCUUUGAAAAUUAGCUACGAUUACCUCCCCUUUGAUCUGAAAAAAUGCUUCUCAUACUGUGCCCUUUAUCCCGAAGAUUAUAGGUUUAGUGAUUCAGAAAUUAAUCAUUUUCGUAUUGCAAUAGGCAUUAUAGACUCUAGCCACCCAAGCAAUAAGAAUUGCAUGGAUGGUCUGGUGGAAAAUGGUUUUCUCAUCAAGGGGGUUUCUGAACAUCCUUCUUUUUGUGAAUACUAUGUAAUGCAUGAUUUAAUGCAUGAGCUCUCUCGGAGUGUCUCUGCGAAAGAAUGCCUCAAUAUAAGUGAUCUAGAUUUUAAAGCUGAGGCCAUCCCACAAUCUAUUCGGCACUUAUCCAUCAACAUAGAGAAUAUAUAUGAUGAAAAAUUUAGGGAAGAAAUGGGUAAACUAAAAGGAAGGAUAGACACUGUAAAUCUACGGACACUGAUGAUUUUCAGACGAUAUAAAAAAUCAAUCUCUGAGAUCUUAAAAAAUACGUUUAAAGAAACAAAUGGCCUGCGUGUCCUAUUUAUAGAAGUAGAGUCCCUUGAAUCUCUGCCACAAAGCUUUUCAAAACUUAUUCACCUCCAGUACCUCCAAAUUGGAUCACCCACUGGAAGAGACAUGACUUUACCUAGCACACUAUCCAGAUUUUAUCACUUAAAAUUCUUGGACCUAAGUAGUUGGUGUGGUAGUAAUAAUUUGCCUAAAGACAUUAGCCGUCUUGUGAAUUUACGUGAUUUCCUCGCUAAGGAAGAACUCCAUUCCAAUGUUCCUGAGGUUGGAAAGAUGAAGUAUCUACGGGAGCUAAAAGAAUUCCAUGUUAAGAAAGAAAGUGUUGGAUUUGAUUUAAGAGAGUUGGGGGAAUUGAGAGAGCUUGGGGGCACACUCAGUAUACAUAAUCUUGAAAAUGUGACAACCAAGGAAGAGGCUAGUGGCGCCAAAUUGAUGUUGAAAAGGGAUUUGAAAGAGUUGACAUUAGUUUGGGGCGGAGAGCAGCCGAGUGAUACAGAUGCUGAUAUUCUUGAUGCUCUUCGACCACACUCUAACCUUACAUCACUUGGCAUUAUAAAUCAUGGUGGCACCACUUUUCCUAGGUGGUUGUGUCCUGAGAUAUGGGUGAACAAUUUAAAGACUCUCCAUUUACACGGCCUGUCUUGGGGAAGUCUUCCACCUUUUGGGCAGCUACCAUAUCUCAGGGAACUCAGCUUGAAGAGCAUUUCUGGUCUGCGUCAGUUUGGUCCUGACUAUGGUGGUGUUACAGGCAAAUAUCUUUUGCAGUUGAAGAAAGUUGUGUUUCAUGACUUGUCAGAUCUUGUCCAGUGGGUUGUGGAACCUAAUUGUCAUAUGUUUCCAGGCCUUGAAAGCAUCGAUUGCAGCAAUUGUCCCAAUCUAUGUGUGAUGCCCUUCUCGGAGUGCUCUUGUACCAAUUUGUGCAGGCUUCACAUUGAUGGUUGCCCCAAGUUGUGUCUGCCCCCCAUGCCUCACACCUCCACACUAACAUAUUUUGAUGUUAACAAAGGUUCAGAAGGGUUGUAUUACCAUGGAAAGGAAUUGUUUGUUAGGAAGUAUUCUGGUGCUUUGGCCUUCCACAAUCUGGGUGAAGUUGACACUCUCAGGACAGAUGUAUCUCAUCUUACCGGGAAAUUGCUGUCAAAAGUGUUCAAUAGUUGCCCAACUCUUACUCGAUUGGAGAUAAAGUCUACACGUAAAGACCAGGAGGAACGGGUAAUACAGUUCCCAUCAUCCAGCUCACUGCAGACACUUGGCUUCUGGAUGUCGAGGGGCCUGGUUCUUCUGCCUGCGGAGGAUGGAGGAGGAAUCCAGGACAGCACGUCGCUCCAAUCAUUGACAAUACGUGGAUGCUGCAAGUUAUUGUCUCGGUGGCCCAUGGGAGAAGCAGGAGGAGCUCCGAUGACCAACCCUUUCCCUGCUUCCCUCAGGAAACUUGAUAUUUGGGGGGAGUCAAGCAUGCGGUCAAUGGCUCUGCUCUCAAACCUCACAUCUCUCACCCAUCUAAGCCUACAAGGCUGCGAGAAUUUAAAAGUGGAUGGGUUCAAUCCUCACAUCACAGUCAACCUCAAGGAAUUGGAGGUCUUUAACUUGAGCAGCAACUCUGUAGCAGCGGAUCUGCUCUCAGAGGUGUCAAGGACCAAAUUAAUGCAUGCGGGUUCCUUCCAACUGGAGAAACUGAUGGUGGAUAGCAUCUCGGCAGUGCUUGUUCCUCCCAUUUGCAACCACCUCUCCGCUACCCUCCACACACUGCAAUUCCAUUGUGAUGAGGGGGCUAAAGGCUUCACAGAAGAGCAAGAGAAUGCGCUUCAGCUCCUCACCUCCCUCAAGAAACUAGAAUUUAAUUGUUGCAAGGUUCUGCAGUCCCUCCCUCAAGGAUUACACCACCUUUCUUCUCUGAAAGAAUUAAAAGUCGUUGGUUGUCCUGAAUUCCGAUGCCUGCCAGUGCCAGAGGACGGCUUCCCCACUUCGCUGCAAGUUCUAUGUCUACCCUUUGGCAGAGACGAGCAAAAACAGCAAGCUGAGAAAUUGAAAGAAGCAUACCCAGAUUUACAUGUACAUUAUUAUUGUUAG